UUUGGUCCCCUGAGCGACCAAGACAGAAUAUUUACCAACUUAUAUGGUCGGUAUGAUUGGAGACUCAAGGGAGCACUCAAAAGAGGAGACUGGUACAAGACUAAGGAGAUCAUAUUGAAGGGGCAGGACUGGAUCCUGAAUGAGGUGAAGGUCUCUGGUCUGCGGGGCAGAGGGGGUGCGGGAUUCCCCACCGGCAUGAAGUGGAGUUUCAUGAACAAACCCAGUGAUGGCAGGCCCAAGUAUUUGGUUGUGAAUGCGGACGAGGGGGAGCCCGGGACGUGCAAGGACCGCGAGAUAAUGCGCCACGACCCCCAUAAGCUGAUCGAGGGCUGCCUGGUGGCGGGGAGAGCCAUGGGAGCCCGAGCUGCGUACAUCUACAUCAGAGGAGAGUUUUACAACGAGUCGUCAAACCUGCAGCUGGCCAUUAAUGAGGCCUACAAGGCCGGGCUGGUAGGGAAGAACGCCUGCGGCUCAGGGUUCGACUUUGAUGUGUUUGUGAUGCGCGGAGCUGGCGCGUACAUCUGCGGAGAGGAGACCGCUCUCAUCGAGUCCCUGGAAGGCAAGCAAGGGAAGCCUCGUCUCAAACCGCCUUUCCCUGCAGACAUAGGCGUGUUUGGUUGCCCCACCACCGUGUCUAACGUGGAGACGGUUGCCGUGGCGCCUGCCAUCUGCCGUCGUGGGGGAGCUUGGUUUGCCAGCUUCGGGAGAGAGAGGAACUCGGGCACCAAGCUGUUCAAUAUCUCGGGUCACGUGAACACCCCGUGCACGGUGGAGGAGGAAAUGUCCAUUCCUCUGAGAGAGCUGAUCGAGAGGCACGCAGGAGGAGUGAGGGGCGGCUGGGACAAUCUUUUAGGAGUGAUCCCAGGCGGGUCCUCCACUCCCAUCAUCCCCCGACAUGUUUGCGAUGAUGUUCUGAUGGAUUUCGAUGACCUGGUUCGUGCAGAGACCGCCCUGGGAACUGCAGCUGUCAUAGUCAUGGAUAAAUCGACUGACGUGAUCCGAGCCAUAGCACGUUUGGUGGAGUUCUAUAAGCAUGAGAGCUGUGGUCAGUGCACCCCCUGCAGAGAGGGAGUGGACUGGAUGGAUAAAAUGAUGUGGAGGUUUGUGCAAGGAAACGCUGCAGUUUCAGAGAUCGACAUGAUUUGGGAGCUCAGCAAACAGAUUGAGGGACACACAAUUUGUGCCCUGGGGGAUGGAGCUGCCUGGCCAGUGCAGGGCCUGAUUCGUCACUUCCGGCCAGUCAUGGAGAGCCGCAUUGCUCAGUAUAGCCAGGAAAACCGUCCAAGGGAGCCAGGAAUUGAGAUGGUCUAA